AUGAGGCAUCAAUCAUAUGUUUUCACUCAGACAAAGAAGGCAAGAGCUGUAGCUCAGCACAUUCAGAGUCUGAAGAAGAUCAGAGAUGAGCUCUCAGCAGACACUCUGCAGAAAGUGAUCAUCAUCUAUGUGGUUCUCUCACUGCUCUAUGAUACAGAGGCCUGGUACGGCGGCCGCACGCAGUCAGCAAGGCACACAGGCAGGAGUGGGGAGGUUAGCUCCUGUCUAAAAUGGCAUGUGAGGACAGUUGAGAAGGUGCUUACUAUGGCAGCCAGAGGGGUCCUUCCAGUUUUCCGUACAACCCCCAUCGCUACUCUAUACCGGGAUGCUGGACUCCCAUCAGCAAUGGUAGCUCUGAAGGAGGUCAAAAUGUGA